ACACAACCAUUUGAAUGUAGUUAGCUCCGACUCGAGCUAACAAUUUGUCAUAAAAAAGAAGAAGUAUUUGAGGGUUAAAUAAAUAUAUAUAAACUUUUUUAUAUAUAAUAUGAAUUUUCUUUCUUUAAGAACUGCGCAAAUUUGUCUAUAUCAAUCGGUAUACAGUAACAUUUUAAAAGCAUCACCUGAAUCGGUCAAUUCUAUACAAGCACGAUGUUAUGCCGCAAGAAAAGGUACAAGAGAAAGAAGGAAUAAAGCCAAAGUAAAAGUAGAAGUAAAAAAAGUUGGCUUUAUACCGCUUAAUCAAAGAAACAAGGCAAAAUUUCUAGCUAGUCGACAAAAGUUGAAAUUUGACGAUUCAGAUAAACGAGAUCCUGUAGAUGACGUAUUUGUUUGUAAAUAUUAUAAAUGGAUAGCUUAUCCUUUCCAAGAAGCAGUGAAAUGCCAUCAAGAAGUACACCAUCCAGAAAUAUAUAAUAGACCAGAGGCGAACCUCAAUGUUUCUAUUGAGUUAAAUAUGGAAGGUGAAAAGAAGACUCGUUUUUUAGACAACUUUACGAGAAUCGUAGCAAUGCCCCACAAAUUCGAUCAAGAAAUAUCACGUUCUGUAGCAGCUUUUAGCAAAACACCAGAAAAUCAACAAUUAGCAUUAGACGCUGGCGCCGGAUUAUCCGGAGGUGUGGAAACUAUAAAAAAAAUACAAAACGGCGAAAUAGCAAUGACAGAUUUUAAAUACGUCGUCGCUCAUCCCGAUAUUCUACCAGAACUUGUAGUGCUAAGGGGUUUAUUAAAAAGGAAAUUUCCCAGUCCGAAAAAUGGUAGUUUGGACGUCGAUUUAAAAUCAGCGGUAGAUAAAUUUUUAUACGGUAUCACUUAUACCGCUGUCAAAGAUGAAUAUGAGAAAGAUUUCGGGUUGAUUCAAGUCGUUAUUGGAAAUCUGACUAUGGAACCAAAACAGCUGGAAGAGAAUUUCGCAGCCCUAAUUCGAGAUGUUCAUUCAAUGAGGCCUAAAAGGCAAGGUACAUUCAUCUCCAGAUGUUUGUUGUGGACUAAUUAUUCUUCGGAAAAAUUGAAAGUCAAUCAUAACGUCUACAUCGAAGAUGAUGAAUCUACUAAAAAAGACACAACAGAAGAAGAGGAAGAUGCAGAACGAAUAGCUUUGUAAUAUAUACACGUUUAGAUAAUAAAAUCGUUCGGUAUUU